AUGAGUGUGGAAGAUGUGGAAGAUGUGGAAUGUGGCAUAACAAACUCAAUUGUGUUUAUCAUGCACUGCACAAAAAUAUCAAAUAAUAUAGUCAAUUACAUUCGAAUGAUGCACAUUGCUGUGUGCACAUGUGUGCUCACCACUUCUAAAUACACGGACGUGCCAACUAAAACAACAACAAUACAAAUAUAA